UGUGUGACGUCAAAAACUUCAUUAGUGCUGCUGUAAUGUCAGCACAUGAAUGACUUGUUUGGAGCACUGCGUUCUCAGUUAUACUAUGGAUAAUCUCUGUUUUGUGUGUAUGGAUACAUUGUAGUUAUAUGCAUGUGUCACAUUCUUGUCGGGAUAUAUCUUUCAGUCGAUAGACAUGGACGAAGAACAUCUCGCAGUUCUACUCAUCACGGCGAAUGUCGGAUCCAUUUUCGAAGAACCUGAACAGAUGUUCAAGCCAUGGCUGAAGGAGUUCCUAGGAUGUAUCGAGCGCCUUGAGCCGUGUUUUGUGGCUCUCCACUGCCAGGAAGUCGGGGGCAAGAACUACGAGACCUCCAUGCAGCAUGUCAACCAGUUUGUCAAAACAAUCUUAGCCUCGGAGGAGCUGGUGAGGUACGACCGAGCAAGGGUAUUUCUAGAUGAAGACUAUACUGCUGCAGACAAAUUCACGGCCUUGGGGAACCUGUACUUUGUCCAUGACACAGUUGAUGAAGUCAACAUCUUCGACUUUGUAGAAAAUAAAUUUGUGUUGGUUGAAGGCCGUGAGGUUUUAUCUGGAAAUAUAGAAAAUAUUCAAAUAAAAGAAAAGGCCAAAUUUCCUCAACAUUUCUUCCCAGAGUUCAAAUGGUCACGAAAAGGUUUCUUGAGAACAAGAUGGAAUCUGAAUAACUGCAUAUUUGAUCUUGUGAACAUCCAUUUAUUCCACGAUGCUUCAAAUAUCAUCGCCAUGCAGGCUAGCCCCUCAAUAUACAACGGAAACCGACAACAGGCACUGAUGCACACAUUGAAAAGGUUUGAAGGGGACAAGUAUGACAAGGUGCCCAUGUUACUAUUCGGGGACUUCAACUUCCGUCUCGACACAAACCUUCUGAUAAAGGCCCUGACAGCCAAAACAACGUCCGAGCAGACACUGGGCAAGAAGGACCAGAUCAGUAAAAUCGUCUACACCGAGGAGGGCAACGAAAAGGUCGUGCUGACUGUGGAGGCCAAGGGAUUUGACUACCACGACAAGCAUGAAGAUCUGUUCUUCAACACCAUCAAGUGGUUGAAGCAGUAUGACACCGAGAUGACGCCAUUCAAAGAGAGGUUGUCUGAAUAUGAAAUCAGCUUCCCUCCAAGCUACCCUUUCAGCGAGGAUGUGAAUGAUGGGACGUCGUACAUGAAGACGCGCUGCCCCUCCUGGUGUGACCGGAUACUCAUUUCUCACAGUGCCAAAGAUGUCAUCUUCCAGGAUGAAAAGUUUCACCGGCCCGAGUACAGCUUAAUAGGAAAGGAAGUUUGUAUGGGCGACCACAAGCCAGUGUACCUGUCCUUGCAUCUGAAGCCAGGAAAAGUUCCGACACCGAAGGCGGAGUUGGUGCAGCUCCCCGGGGCGGGGGAUAUCAUCAUUCCCAGUACACAGGUGAAGAUCUCAGAGGUGGACACCACACGCUACAUCCACAUCAGGCAGGGGGACAGCUCCACGCGCGUCUUCCGGGAAACAUCCGUAUGACGGCAGAGUCUCUUGGUGUCACACAAUUGUUGGCAGUUCUUUGGAGUGAGGUCUGUAUGACAGUAUGUCAAGCUCUUGGUGUUCUACAACUGUCAUUCAACUUACAGAUGUCGGGAGCCAUGUCUGUAUCUCCCAUUCAAGUCGUUCAGUGAUCUUUGCGAGGGAUGUCUUCAUGACUUUGUCCUUGACUACAACAACAGUGUCAUGUAAUCAAGUUUAGAUGACCCUCUGACAUCAGCAGGAGAGGCGAUCUUCUGAAAUCUACAGGGAAGACGACCUUCACAUCUGCAGUAGAGAAAGGCCUAGUUUUGACUUAUGCUGUAGAUGGCAGCCAAGCUGGACUGUCCAACUAUUGAGCACUUUCUGUGGGUCAGCAUGACAGUGUUUUUGUGUAUGACAUUUUAUACAGUGUCAUCAAGUUGAAUGAGAUCAUUGGCUGAUCCAAAAGACAAUACCUGUAUGACAGCAUAGUGGAGUUAGACAAUCGAAACAUGGACCUGUAUGACAUCAUAGUUAGGUCAGCCAACAGAAGUAGGACCUGUAUGACAUCAGAGUGGAGUCAGCCAAUAGAAGCAGGACCUGUAUGACAUCAGAGUGGAGUCAGCCAACAGAAGCAGGACCUGUAUGACAUCAGAGUGGAGUCAGCCAAGAGCAGCAUGGACCUGUUUGACAUCCAUGGAUGUCCCAGUUUUGAUUCUUUGUGGAGCAAGCACCUGCUCUGGGGCUGUUACAGAUUGUGUUGACAUUGUACAUGUAAGCAGGAUUGGAGCCAGUGUAGUGUUUGGAGCCGUUCUGGGCAAAUACUGUGGCAUCCAGAUCAUGCAUAUUGUGAGAGUGACUCCAGGUCGUGUAAGAAUAAUUCAGAUAAAAACAGCUCAGGUGUUUAAGGUACUGUGGUGAGUAUACUGAUGAAACAGUUUCACUUGCAUAUCUCUUAAAUGAGUUAAAACCCAAGAAGUUGAAAAGCAUCUCUUUACAAACUGAGACGUGAUUGAAGCAUUUGAAGGUCAACCCGGACGUAACCAUGAAGGCAGUUCAAGGUUAAUCCUUGUCACACUCGGACGGAACCCUGAAGGCAGUUCAAGGUCAAUCCUUGUCAUACUCGGACGGAACCCUGAAGGCAGUUCAAGGUCAAUCCUUGUCAUACUCGGACGGAACCCUGGAGGCAGUUCAAGGUCAAUCCUUGUCAUACUCUGACGUAACCCUGAAGGCUGUUCAAGGUCAAUCCUUGUCAUACUCGGACGGAACCCUGAAGACUGUUGGAGGUCAACCCUAGUUGUUUUUACACCAUACAUAGUGCCAUAUAGGAAGUCUUGUUUCUGUGCAAUCAUGUCAUCUGAAAAUUUGAGUAUUGUAAAGAAUGUGGUCAUGUGUUUUUGUACUCCAGAAGGAGAAAAGAAUUAUUCAUCUUUCAAGUAAUGAUCAAAAUUAGCCUGUUGUCCAGAAAGCACCUGCUGUGUUAGGAAGGAGGGUCUAGUGUGGUGUGUACUCUCAGUGGACCAACGGUGAGUCAUUGCAGUAUACACCUUCCCAGCAUAGGAAACAUACCUAAGUCCGUUCUGGCAAAUCAAGUUACACCACACAUAGAGAUGGGCACAGUGGAUUUCUAGUCAGGUCUGUGUAUCAUGCCAUGACAAAAUUACUUCUAUUUCUCAAUUAAAAAUAUCAUAAAUUUGAACAUUAUUUAGAGUCUGGUCAUUUAUUAAAGGGGGAGGAAGGUGUUCAUAAAAUUAUUUUUACAUGUAUUUUUUUUUUUUUUUUUUUUUUGCAGAGGGGGGUUGUGGUUUUGAAAAAUGUAACUUAAAAUUAUGGGAUGGGGGUGGGGUUGGUGUCAGCAAAAUAUGAUACAGUAAUAUAUAGCCCAGCAAAUCUGUUAAUCUGGUCUGAACAUGGAAUACCAUAGCUUGCAACUUUCAUUGUCAUGUUUCUAUAAAUACAAAAUGAAAUGUACAGUGGUAGAGCGGCGCCGUGUAUCACUCCACGAUCUAUACCAGCCUGUAAUACUCCGGGUGUAAAACUUCACAUCGUAUACUCUUCUGGGUGUAUAAACCAGCUCAGGUCAUGUGUAUAUAUAUAAUUUAGUCGUUUAACCAUCCGUGUUGUUCAUGUUGUUGUUGUUGUUGUUGUUUGUAUAUAUGCUGUUAAAGAUUGUUGUGUAUUGCGGCCUGUUUCAGACUGGUCAGUAGCAGGGAUGUGGUUGUAGAGCGGCAAUUAAUUAAUGGCAAACAUUUUUAUGAAUUUUUAGAGGGUCGACAAAACUAGAGGCAUUUAGCCUGAGGUAAUAUAUUGAAAGAUCAGUAUUUCUGUUGUUUACAAUGGUUAUGAAAAACAGUUUUUGUUAAGCAUUCAAAUAUGUAUUUUUAAUACAUACACCGUUAAUAUACUGAUGGAAAGAAAUUAGGGAACAGUAAGGGAAUAUUAGUUUCUCCUUCUUUUUUCUUUCUUUUCUUUUUUUUUCUGGGGGGGGGGGGGGCAUUUGUCUGCUUGUCUGUAUUUAUCAAAAGGAUAACCAGAGGUUGUUUCACUAAUAGACUAAUAUAUAUACUAUAGGCCAAUAUUUCAGUGAUACUUUUUAAUAUGAAGAAUCUUUAUUGAAGUGGCAGUAGACAACCUCCUGUGAUAUUGUUGUGUUCCCUUAUUUCAGAUUCAGAUUUUUUCUAUUAGGGCUGGGGCAGGUCCAGGUUUACUACCUGGAUACCCCGCCCCCCUAUUGCCCGACCCUACCCGGGUACCCACCCCCCUAUUACCCGACCCUACCCGGGUACCCACCCCCCUAUUGCCCAACCCUACCUGGGUACCCACUCCCCUAUUACCCGACCCUACCCGGGUACCUGCUGUAGGUCUCAAGACAUAGGUACAAAAUAGCCGAUUGGGAAAUAUUUGACCGUACUCCUGUCAAAAUAAAUAUAGAUACACGUAUAAACCGAUCUGGUCAUGCAUACACUGAAGUUGACUGAAGUUAUAUCAUUAUGAAGGAAAUUGUGUAUAGUCUGAAAGAAAUGUGAACAUUUGUCGCUUAUAAUGUAACCAUAGAGAUCUCGAUAAUUUUUGCUUUUAAACAAUAUAUCACGUGACUAACCAUGGGUCCGGGUAGUCCUGUGGGUACCUGUGUCCUACUCAGUACCCACCUGACCCGAGUACCAGAGUUACCCGUCCCAGCCCUAGUUUCUAUGUAUAUUCAGUAUAUUUCCAGUUCUGUUUAUUCCUGCAUGUGUAAAGUACUGCAGUGGGUUCUUCCUCUAUACACUGACGCCUUGUUCAGUCAGUUUAUUGGGAAUAAACAAAUCAAUUUUUCUCUCAAUCAAUUUUCUGAUAGAUCAAUCAACAUGUGCAAUGCAUUUUGCCUUUGAUAUUCAAUCUGUAAUUGCAUUCUUAUGUGGAUUUAUUUUGAUGAAUGUAUUACUACAAUCAGGGCUAGUAUUAUGGCAUGUUCAAUAGAUAUUUUGUUUUUACUUACAUACAUGCACAUACAUAUUUCUAAAAUCAAAACCUUUUCAUUUAUUGUCCAUGUGUUUCAUAUGCUUUCGGCAUACCAAACCAAUAUUCUCAUGUGUGUUAUGCUGCCUGUAUAUACCUGUUUUAUUGUGUUAUCUACGGUUAUAUAUUGUUGUUUCUUGUAUACAUCAUCUCUCCACACCAGUGCAUCACAAAUGUGAUACUAAAUUGUUCUUUUCAGGAAUAUAACUAAAAUAAGUGUGAUCGAGAUAUUAUGGCCAUUAUUUUGUUCAGUAAUUACUCCCUUGAUCACACUGCAGGAAAACGAACCGAUUUUAAUGUAAAUUUAAUGAAAGCUAUAUAAAUAUAUAAAGUUGAGUUAGGCUAGUGAUUAAAAUCUUGCCUUGUCACGAAGACCCCAGUUUGAUUCUCCAUGUGGGUGAAGUGGGUGAAGGUCAUUCUUCAUCCCCCAAUAGGGGGCACGGGUGGCCCUGUCGUCUAAGGCGCCGCGAUUCGCUGUGCAGAGUUGCGUUCCUUGGGCACGCCAGAAACCUAUGAUUGUGGGUUCGAAUCCCGGU